AAUUUAAUAUAUAACCUAUUUCGUUCAAGUCGUGGUAAUUUUGCCGUGCAGAAAUGUGUAUGCAUACAUCUUGUACGUGAAGUACUGACAAUCUGUUGUCAGAUUGUAUCGUCUUGAAUAGCACUCUUUUUAAUUUGAAACCACAACUUGUUCCACAUUUAAUUCUAGAAUGAWCAAUACGUGGACGAUAAUGAACGAGGUCUAAAAAYUAGAACAAUUCAACUGGCGAUGAUCAGUGUGGUUGUCUGCUUGAAUUAAAAAUGUGACUCAAAAAUUUGUGCAUUUGUGAUAUGCUUUUKACCUGCAAGCUUUUAAGUUACUAGUAUAUACGGUKGCUUUUCACAUAGUAGUGGUGAAARCCUCUUCAGAWCAAUUUAUUCGAUCAGGUCAUUUCCGUAUCGACCCUAUCGUAUAGAUCAGAAAGAUAAACUUACAUGUAAGCUUAAGUUACAUACACCAAAAAUAAGAGUUUGAGGUUUCUGAUCUUGAAGACAUUAACUUAUUUACAUUUGAAAUUCACUCUCAAGUGAAUCAAUACAGCCUGUAUUGUUCUUAAUGCAAAGCUGAAAAUAUUAUAUUACAUGCAUUAACAAACUCAUUUUCACUAUUCCUGAUAGUUGAGCCCUUCUUUCUAUAGCAUAUGUUUAGGCAAGUCCAUAUUUUGAAUCAAUAUAGUUUUAUUGAUAAAUAUUCAGAAGACAUGCUGAGAGUGACAAAAACAUUUUGGAAAGGAUUUUAACAUUAAUUUAAAAGUUAACAGCAUUUGUUGUGAUAUGAAUUGUGACAGCAACUCUCAAUUUGAUACCUCAAUGUAAUGAGAACUGUUUCAUAUUUAUAUGUUUACUUAUAGCUGGCCUUGACUUUUUUACUUUAUACUUUGGACUCUAAGUCUUUUUCCAAAAAUAGAUUAUAAGUCCUGUGAACUGGUAGUAUUCAGACUAAACAAUAGGAAUAAUCAAGAUAUUUCUCCCGUGAGAUUCUUUAACCCGCCUAUUACAAUAUAGUUAAUCUUUAGUUUAAGGCUGGACUAAUCUGACUAUAGCUGGUGGCCUUUUUAUGAUUUGAUCAUUAAUCACUCAAUCUCUAUAAUUUUCAACUCAUUCCACUGUGUUACUGAUUAGGUAAUAGUCAUGUGAAGAUAUAUGUAGAUACAUACAUGCCUAAAUAUCACCCUCAAAGCUGCACAUGUUUUUAAGUUGUAUGCUAAUUUUAUGGGUAUAACUCAAUUUGGUAUGUUACUAGUUUGUGCAUAUAUACUCUCCUCCAAGCAAAAGACAUUACAAGUAAUGUAUAAUCUAGUCAAAGUCUAAAUGGUACACCCACAUCAAACAUACUCAGUCAGAAGAAGAUCAAGUUUUGAGGGUUUCUUUGCAUCCAAGGGUUCAGCAUUUGCUUUACCAGAUGGCGACUUUGCAAGGAAAGCAUCCAAGCAUGGAGGUGAAAUGCAAAUGCAUCUACAGUCUAUGGUGAAUUUGUUAAGAGAUGAUGAUGUUCUGAGACUGGUUGUUAAACUUGAGGGUGCUUCAAAAGACAGAGUUCGUUACUUGACAGUGGUGUCAGCUUUCAAUGAAGAUGAUAUUGAAGAAAGCAUUGCAAUGGGUGUUGAUUGGGUUAAUACAAGAGCUACUUGCACAAUUGGAAUGGUCCUACCUUUAUGGAGAGAUGCAAAAAUUGAACUUGAUGGUGAUGGUGGUUUCAAACUUACAACCAAUUAUAAAAGUCAUAUUYUAAAGCCAGUUUCUGUUCAAACAAUGUGGACUGCAGUCCAGUGGAUUCACAGAUGUUCUGAAAAUGCAAGAAAAAACAACCAAUUUCCUAAUGGUCUGUCGCACCAGUGGUCUAACUUUUAUUCCAGUCAUAUAUCUUCUGACCAGGCAUGCAUCAAUGAAUGGCAUGAGAUGGAAGACAUCAGUUCAAAGCUCAUUCAGUUGCCUACUGGAAUAACUCAAGAGGAAGAGCUGAUGAUGAAACUUAUAAAGCACAGRUUAAAAGAAGUAAGUCAGAAAAUCAUAAUUUAUGAUAAUUAUGGUAAUGCACAACUUCAGUAUUCAUUAAAUUGUGCUGAGCUUCACACCCCUGGUGCAUCCUCAGGAAUGCGCUCUUGUUAGGACACUCUAGUUUUUCAGUUAUAAUUUUUCUU